UUCAAGGACGGUAUAGUCUUUUAUGUUUUGUAUUUGCAAUUGGUUUUUCUGUGCGUUUAAACUACCAAUGUCUACUUUGAGUUCUUACCGAUUCAGGUAAUUUGAAAGACGGACACGAAAGUCAAUGUAUAACACAAUUACUGUCCUUAAAUUUCUUCUCACCCCAACAGCAUGGUUUCAGGAAGGGUUACUCUUGUAUAAACAACCUGCUGAUUGCGGUGAACAGAUGGACAAGCAUCCUCGAUCGCAAGGGAAAGGUUGAUAUCAUUUACCUUGAUUUCUCAAAAGCUUUUGAUAAAGUUAACCACUUGUGUCUUAUCAAUAAGCUCAAACGACUAGGUAUCAAAUCACCUCUAAUCGAUUGGCUUACUUCAUACCUAAAAAACCGACACUUUAAGGUUAGGGUUAAUUUCACUUUAUCAUAGGCUGUGGAAUGUCCUAGUGGGGUCCCCCAGGGCUCAGUACUAGGGCCUCUUCUCUACUUGAUCCACAUAAAUGAUCUUCCUCAACAGGUAACGUCAGACUUAUUACUUUUUGCCGACGACGUGAAACUUUGGAGAGAGAUACGCAAUCAAGACGAUAUACAGGCACUUCAAGGGGAUCUGACUCGACUCCAAAGUUGGGCAGAUACUAAUGGACUUACUUUUAACUCUUCAAAGUGUAAAGUAGUCCAUCUGCGAUAUGUCGCAGACUACAGUUAUAACUUAGGAAACUCCUCUCUAGUUGUAUCCCAAGUCGAAAAAGGUUUGGGAGUCCUGGUGCCCUAUGAUUUAAAGUCUUACACUAACUGUGACAAAAAUGCCUUCCGAACAAACCUUGCACUGGUAACGUUGAAGCGCAUUUUUGGCCAGUUUGACGGAUGAACUUUUCACAUAAUCUUCAAUAGUUUUGUCCGUCCCCACUUAGAGUACGGAAACAUAGUACUUCCCCCCUCACUCCCAAAGGAUAAGGACACUUUGGAGCGUAUCCAACGGCGAGCCACGAAAUCAGUUCGAGGACUCAAAUCUAAGCCUUACGAAGAACGCCUCCAUUCACUAGACCUUUACCCAUUAGAGUAUAGGCGUCUUAGAGGUGAUUUAUUAAUGGCUUAUAGUAUUCUUAACACUUCUGGACAUCCUCCUAAACACCUGCUUAAGCUUAGUUCGAAUAAUAACCUAAGGGGUAACACCCAGAAACUGGAGACACAACAUAGCAAAACGGAAUGUAGACAAAACUUCUACUCCUUAAGAGUUGUCAAAAGCUGGAAUUCGCUGCCGGCCGAGCUAGUCCAAGCGACUUCUCAGGAGUCCUUCAAGAGGCAACUUGACCUAUUCUUAAGAACCAAGGACAGCAUCACACUAUGAUUUACCAAUUUCUUUUCCUCUUUUAUUGUUAACAUACCUAGGUUCCUGCCUGGAGGAUUUGGUGAUCCCCUGCUACUAGACACGGAAGCCUGUUAAGCGAAAGCUUCUUCUAUUCCGUCCUCAACCAUUUGAACCAUAGAUUCCCAAUUUUAGAAUUAUCACUAGUUUACAGGUGAUUUAAAACUCAUUGGUGUAAUAACAAUAAACAAAUGGUAGUUUCUGCCUGUCAGGUACUGCGAAUGACGUCGCCCGUUUAAUUUUCCCUGAUUAUUAUAUGGUAAACCUCUGCAUCAUGAUGUUGCUUUCUAUGAUCUAGUAGUUCAACAAUGCGGUCUCAGUAAUAAUUAAUAAUAUUGAUAUUAAGUUUCUAAUACUUAAGUCUAAUAUUGGUUUAUGUGCCAGCUAUUUUUCAACCAUUCACGAAAUUCCAAACAAGAAAGGGACGAAAACGACUCACACCUUCCUAAUCUCCUAUCAACACCGGUCUUGUUAUAUGCUGACGAUGUCAAGAUAUGGAUAGCGAUAAAAAAAAGUAAGGGUGGUAGUUUAGAGCUUCCAAAUAACUUAGAAAAGUUAUCUGGUCUUAAACUUGGCAGUUAUCGACAAACGCCCCCUAGUGUAUUAUAAAGCAGAUACACACAGGGCGAGUUACAAAUGGUUUUGGACGGAAUAGAAGCUUUCGUUUAACAGGCUUCCUUAUCUAUUAGCAGUGGAUCACCAAUACCUCCAGGCAGGAACCUAGGUAUGCUGUCGAUAAAAGAGGGAAAAGGAAAAAAUUGGUAAACCAUAGUAAGACACUACCCUUAGUCCUUAAGAAUAUGUCAAUCAGUGACCUACCUGUUGUCCAGACACAAUGACUUGGGAGUUAUCGUUAGCCAAGACUUUGAAACCACUGUACAUUACCGUGCGAUAGCCGUCAAGGAUUUAAAAACCCUAUGGUUAGUACGUAGAGCUUUUAGUCAUGUCAAUGCUAAAACCUUUUUGACCUUGUAUACGGUAUUCCUUCGUCCUAAACUCUAAUGCAUACAAUUGGCUAAUUCUUGACUGAAAAGAGACAGUGAUUUGUUGAAAAAGGCUCAAAAAACCGCGAUCAAGCUGAUUACUGGAAUAGCAAAGCUGCGUCUGUCAUCUGUCCUCCAUGCACGACUUUUCACUAUAGUCUGUCGUAUGAAUUACGGAUGUUGUUGACGAUCUCAGGUACAGUCAGUCAGUCAGUCAGUAACAACGUAGAACUUCGUACGUACGUACAUCAGUUCAAGUUGCCAUACCACAUUAGCACAGAGAUACAGUUGUCGAUUCAAAUCCCGUAGUGGUAGAGGUAGUAAGAGCAUAAGCAAUAAUCGGAAAGAUUAGGGUUUGAAGAUGUUAUUUUAGGAUUAUAAUAUAGUGAAAUAAAUUCGGAAAGAAAAAAGGGACAAGGAGGGAUCAGGAGAUAAAAAUUUGGGAGAACACAAAGAGUGGAUGCACAUGUGUCACUGCAAACGAUUUUGAGCCAUGUCAUUCAGGGUCUCUAACCAUCGGUUGCUAUCAUCUCGCGGUCCCCAACCAGGUAGUCUACACCUACCAACAUGGCUCAGUCCACUUGUCAAUGACUUCAUGCAUUUGUGCCAUGUUUUGGUCUGGCCGCCCCUAGCUUUCUUCCAACCUACUCCUAUACCACUGAACAUAGCACGUCGAGGCAGUCGGUCGUUGGGCAUACGUAACACGUGUCCCAGCCAUCUCAACUGAUCAAGUUUCACUACUUCAUCAAUUGAUUUGCCAUCCUUACCUAGUACCCGUGUCCUAACAACUGUAUUACUUACUUGGUGGUCCCAGGAUAUACGAGCAAUGUUUCGAAGACACCUAUGAUCAAAUACUAGUAACCUGCGAAUAUCCUCUAUUCUUACCGGCCAUGUUUCACUGCCAUAAAGUAGGACGGAACGAACUGCUGCACAGUAAGCACACCCUUUGGUUGAUAGACGGAUAUCUCGCGUACGCCAAACCAAAACGUGGCAUCAGCCCUUGAAGUCACUCAUUUCUAGUCUUAGCCAUGUUGGUAGAUGCAGACUACUUGGUUGUGGUCCACGUGACUGUCGUAACCAAUGAUUGGAGACUGUGGGUGACAUGGCUCAGAAUUGAUCACAGUGGAGUCGGUGUAUACACUCUCUGUCUUUUAAACUAUGCGAUUAAAAUUGCAUUAUAUCUUUCUUUCUACGAACUAAUUUUUUCUUCCUGUACUACAUCCUGAUGCACAAUAUUUCUUUUAUAUAUUACCACCAUCGAAGUAACUACUUCUAUUAAUUUGGUGUUUCUCUUGUUGUGCUGUGUGACAACUUGGACCGAUGCAUAUAUGUGCCUGGUCCUACGUUGCAGCUGACUGACUGAACCUUGUCCAGGGUUUCGAUGGAGAUCCAUUACUUAUGAUGGUGCUUGUUGAGGCCCAGCAGCUCCUGACACGUUGAAGUAGGUGCUUCCUUGAUCCCCUUCCAAUUAUCCUCCAUAGUAGUUUCUUGUUCUGUGUGUAGAUCUUGUAAGGCGUGGUACCUGCUGUUAAGAGCUAGGUUGAAUUUGUUGAGUUUGUCAGUAUGUCGAAUGUGGGCUAUAUUAAACCUUUGUAAUGCUGUUUGUCCAGUUGUCCAGUGCUUCUUUAACUUCAGUCUCAUCUUGGCAACCACCAGGUAGAUGGUGAUCUAAAGCUAUGUCAGCUCCUCUGCUGCCUUCCACGUCUCCCAUUGACCUAAAUCUCUUAGUGAUGCAAAUACGAUCUACCUGGUUCUCUGCAGUGUGAUUUGGUAAGACCCAUGUAUCUUUGUGUAUGCGUUUGUGGGGAAUACUGUGCCGCCUUUAAACACUUUGUUGAAUGCACAUCAAUUUACAAAUCUGUCACCAUUCUCAUUCAUUUCUCCUAGUCAGUUCAUGUCGUUCCAUGAUAUCUUGAUACUCGGUGUUAUUCAUUCGAACUUUUGCGUUUAGGUCUCCCAUCAGGAUGGUCAGGGCCUUUCCUGAGCACUUCGCUAUGAUUGAUUGCAGCCUCUCGUAGAACUGAUCUUUAUCGUCGUCGUUGCUAUUGUUGGUUGGUGCGUAACAGUGGAUAACGUUCAUUGUGAUUCCCUCCUUUUUUUUGAAAGAUGCUCUGAUGUUUGUGGAUCCAUGAGAUUCCUAUCCAAUAAGUGGUCUUGGUGCUUCUUUGGGUAACAUCAGUGCGACUCCUCGUUUGUGCACAGCAUUUACUUUUCCAUGACCAGAUUGCAACAGCAUCUCUCCCGAAUCCAACCUUUUUGUGCAGAUUGGGUUCGAUGGGUUUUACUUGUUCCGAGUACCACCAAGUUGUAUCUCAUUUCGGCAGCUAUUUGAUUAGUCCUCCAGGUCUUCUAGUGUCCGGACAUUCCGUGUACCAAUAUUAAUUGUUUCUCUGGUUGUUGGAAGGGGCAUCGACUUCGUGAGAAACUGGUACAGAUAGGAGGUAAUUAAGACAGUUAAGCUAUGUCCCUUCUACUUUUGGUUAAUGACUUGCAUUUCUGACUCUGGUUUCUGAAUUGGAACUGAGACAAGUACUCACUCGCAGUCGUACUUUAAGUAUUCCUUCUAGGUCAAACAUCUGGUACGCAAUGCGGGCCUUUGUUUCUUCCUUCUCUUCUGUCUCACUGUACUUGUCCUUAACUUGAUUAAAGGCCAGUUUUAACUUCGUGCUCUCUCCUACGAAUUUCCUAACUGUUUGAUCUUCUACCAGUUGAGCCACGUAUUUCAUAAUAUUGAUACCCAAACCCAUUACAUUUCUUAGUGGUGACUAGGAGUGGGAUUCAGAAGGUACGUUCGUUGUUUAAGGUUCAAGUAGAUGUAGAUAGAGCCUGGAAUUGAUGUUCACAUUGAAACACGGACCGUAAACCGAUUGUUUUUAACGUCGACGCGUUAUCCACUAAAAUACUGAGUUACGACAGCUAGUAAAUUCUGACUGUAGACAGCAUGUCGACUUAUUCACACGAGGAUUUCAAAUACCAAAUCUGAUUUCUUGGAUUUUUAUUGAGUCAUUUCAUAAAUCCCUUGAUGUAUUCAUUGUUUUUGGCAAAUCAUUCGGUUGUUUUGGCCUCACUUUCGUCUACUCCACAAACAUUAGCAAUGAAGGUUUUGGUAAAUGAGUAAAAAUUAAGCGUUUCCAAAGUUUACUAUUUUAAUAAUGCUUUUGUUUAAGCGAAUUUUCUUCAUUAAGGGUCAAUCUGUCACCAGCUACCUGCAACUUCUCUUAGCAAAAUCUAAUGAAUAUCAGUUCUGCGUACUUCAUUUCUAAUAUUUAUAAUCGUUUGAAACAGUUCCAUUAGUUAAUAUAUCAUUGUUGUUUGUAUAUACUCAUCUGUUGUUUUUAUACAUAACAUAUGUAUCUAUUUCAAGUUGUUUUUUAGGAUUUGCAUCCAAUGUCAAAGAAUAUAUGUUCCUUAUUUUGCCAAGGUUAACUUAUGAACUGGACAGUAAUUCAUUAUCAGUCAUCUCAUUCUAAAAUUUCAUGGUUAUUACCCUAAAGGCGAUUAUCUCCAGGACAAUAUUCUCGAGUGUCAGUGAAGCGGUUUGUAAGGUCUCAUAGAAACUUCUAGUUGAAGACUGUAAAACUAAUUCAGAACCAAAUGUUACCUAAACAAUUACCCUACACCAGUGAUGACAUUAAUAUCUCCGAGUCCACACUUAGCAAUCAUGGUUCGGAUUUAUUUUCUAACACACAACAGAUAAACCCAUCUUCAGUCAAUUCGAAUGCUCUUGACUCAAAUAUUAGUCCUGAAACCAACCACAACGGUAAAUCGCUCUUAGUUGAAGCUGUUUCAUCACAAACUACAGAUAAUGCAAAAACUAUUUCUUAUCAGCUUCCCACUAACUCUGGUUAUGAGUCGUUAUCACUAAGUUCCAAGAAAGAUGACAUUAUUCCAAGUUCUGCAUUACUUCAGGAGAUUUCAGUGAAUACAGACGCUUAUCAGCCUUCUAGUGAUUUUCCAUAUAACGAAAAUGUGUUAAGUGAUUCUGUUCACCAGUCUGACAACUUACUACUUCAUAAACAAGUCGAAACACUAACAUGUAAACUCAUGGCCUCUCAAGAUCAGAUUGAUCGGCUUUUAGAAGAAAAACGUAUUUGGGUUGAAAAUAUGCAGCAUGCAAAUAAUUCUAAGGAAUCGAACCAUCAAGUAACUCCAGGUGAGCUACGCGGAAGAUGGAUACAAGCUAAAAAUUUAGCUGAAACAUAUAAACGCGAAAAGGAAUCUAUGGUUAUUAAGUACGCUCAGAGUGAACAGAAACGAAUACAAUUAGAACAACAGAUUCACAGUCUGGAAUGUAAAAUAGGCCGUUUAUUUAAUUCAAAUAACUUCGAACAACAUCAACAGACGGAGGGAACUGAAAAGACUGAUGAUACAGAUAAGUCUUCAGUGAAAAACCAACCUCAUAAAACAUCUGUGAUAAAUUCAUCGAUAGCGAACAAUGACUCCAAUGAGAAAUCUAAAAUAGAACAUCUUCAAAAGGUCUGUAUUAGUUUUUAUUUUUCCCUAGUCAUAGUGUUAUUUAUCAUGCCUGUAAAUAUCGUGGUCCAUGAAUCAGCGUAACAUAUUUCAUCAUUUUUUGCUACAAGGUUCUAACUAAUAGCUGUUUCAAAAGCUAAUGUAUACUUGAAAUUCCAGGCAAGUUUUCGUGUGUUAAGAACCAGCUACAUAUCAGUGAGUCAGUUAUAUGCUAAGUAAAACCUGGCAUAUGUGCAUCGGUUCAGGUUGCUAUAUCAAAUUAGCACAGAGUGACAGAGUUAUCAAGCUAUAUCCCAGAGUAGUAGAGGUUGUAACAGCAUCAAUAUUGGUAUUAGUAGUAGCAGUAGUAGUAUUAAAAAGGUUAGGUAUAUAGAUGUUUCUGGACUCAGAUUUUAAAGGAAAACAAAAUGUGAAUGCAUAUACACCAUUGCAAACGGAUCUGAGCCACCUCAUCCAAAGUCUUUAAACAUUGUUUUUUUUGUUUAAACACAAACAUUGGUACAAAGGGGCACCAAAAUAUAUAUGUACCACAUAAAUCAAUAAAUUUUUGUAGGGGCUGAGGUGCCCGGGUAAAGGAUGCAGUUUGGGAAUGGGGUGGACAACCCCACCCCGCAGAAGAAAAAUCUUGCUAAAAAAGCCACCCCCAAUCCUUUGGUCCAGAAAUCUAAUCCGCAAGACAGUGGAGUAACGUUAGCGGAUGCGGUCCCAUCCUACUCCUACACAAAACAACAUCGCCCGUCGAGGUUAGCGGUGGAUGGACAUACGGAAUACGUGUCGCGAACACCUCAGCUCCUGAGGAUCCACCACUUCGUCAGUCGAUUUGCCAUAUUUAUCUGGUAUCCUAUGUCUAACUUCGGAAUCGCCCACUCAAUGGUCCCUAAAUACAUAAGUGGUGCUAUGAAGUCACCUAUGAGCAAAUACUAGUAACCUGCGGAUACCCUACAUUCUUAAUGGCGGUGUUUCACAUCCGUAAAGUAGAACAGAGCGGAUCGCUGUUCAGUAAACUUGUUUUUUGGUUGUCAGAUAGGUAUCUAAGAAAGAUUGGUUCAGCGAAGAGUUCUAUUUUCAGCGAAUUAAUUUACAAAGCUGUACAAUUACAAAUAUAUAUACUUAUUUUUUCAGGAUGAAUAUUUAAGCCAUUAACAAUCAAACUAUUAUUACUUUCCCCGUUUAAAAUUUUUUAAAAUACCUUUGUUUAUUCUACCUCACUUUCACCAUGUCUGACAGAAGUUUAUUAUCAUUGUUAUUGUAAUUAUUAUCAUCCUGAAAAAGUAAGUAUAUAUAUUUGCAAUUGUACAGCUUUGAAAAUUAAUUCGCCGAAAAUAGAACUCUUCGCUGAACCAAUCUUUCUUAUUUAAUGUCUUAAUGGGUGUAUUCCGUUUACUAAAAAAUCCCAAAGAUAGAUAUCUUGCGUACGCUACUGGUGAUCGAAGUUGGCAUAGUCCAGUUGAGCUUUUUCAAUUCGUCCGGAAAUUUCGUUAGACGUCAGCCCAUCAAGGCCAGUAAGACUCCCAAGGUAAAUGAAACGGUCGAUGCACACGUCCAUUCCACUCCCUAUCACUAUUUCGGGUGCUGAUGUUGGCCAGUCCUGAGGUAACAUUUUUCAUCUGGACGGAGGAGGUCGCGUCCCAGACGUGCGUACAGUGUUGCUUAAGGUGACCAGAAUGCAUUUUUUCCAUGUCUCCACCAAACAGAACUAUAUCAUCUGUGUAUUUUAAGUCAGCAAGUAGAUCUCCUGGUAGGAAAUCAACCCCUGGAAAACCGGAUGAGCGCUAUCUCUAAAAGGAUUUCAAUGACAAAGUACUGGUAAUGUACUUAUUAUGAAAAUGUAAGGCUAUGUGUUUUUUGAAGGUUAGAGUUGAGAAUCCUUAUUGCUGAAGAGUAUCAUACAAAAAUGAAAUACUGUCCAAUGUUAUGUAGUUCUCAGUGCUACUCAGACUGAUGUUGUAUUUUAAUAAAUGGCUUUAAAACAAGUUUUCGAAUAAACAAGUGAAGUAGAAAUACAAAUAUCAGACUUUUACUGACUGACACAUUAAAAUAAAACUUAUUGAAAUUAUCAUUAUUCAGGUUUAUUGUCUAUCAACUGCAAAUAGCAAUUUUGAUUUUGCAAGUUCGCAUCAAUUAAGUAAUUUCUAGAUCCGAAGAAUGUUCUUGUAAUCCAACGAUGACGAAUGUCAAGAAAUGAGAAUUUUUGCUAAUAUGAUGUUCUAAGCUUAGUGCUAGGUACACAAUGAGUAAAUCUGCUUCUGUUCAUAAUCUUGAGCCCCACCGCUUAGUAUUCAACUCCAGAUAUCGGUUUUCUUACGGACCUUUAACGAGAGGUCUGUAUCGUCCGAUAAGACUGAAAAUAACAUUUAACGACUUCAAGGUUUGACGUCAUGUUGUGCUCUACUCGUUCCUAGUGUUUUCCGCUAGUUAAAAUAGUAAACUUGUGUAACAUAUCUUACAAUUUCAUUUGAUGAAGAUUCCAACUGACUUACCACCUCCACGUGAGUACGCUUUAUUCAACAUUAGCGUAAGUCAUUCAGAGGCUUCACCAUUUUAAAGGAAUCUUCGACAAAACAUAUGUGCUCAAAUAUUUACAGUCUACGUAAUACGUACAGUCUACAGACCUUGUUCCACUCUUACAAAAUAAUGUACAUUCGACUGUUAUGCAAUUAGCGAAUUAUAAGUCUUCCAAUCAUUGAUUUCGUUUGUACCACUUGAAUAACUCUAUUAUUCACAUCUGUUGAAUUUAAAGUGAAUUCGGGAAAUAAAAAAAACUUGAAAUUUUUAACGUUUGGUGUCGAGCAGUCAAUCAAAGUUGUAGAGUUGACUGAUCCUUUAGAAACUUAAUAUGAGCUGGGAUGCUAAGUACGAAGCCUAACCCCCUUAAGAAAUUCAUCGUAUUAGCUUUUGGAUUGUCCUCAAUGUUUCUAUCGUUCGUGUCAGUGAAAAUUUUGAAAUUGAUCAACUUCAGGGGGAUAUUAAAUACUUAGAGUGCAUUACGAAGUAAUCUUUACAAAUAUAUCUUUUAUGUUUGCAUCAUCCAAAUUAUAGGACUGAUUAAUUGUCGCAUAUGUUUUAGAAACUUCUUUGGUUUACAGUCUCCAAGUUCACAUUAGGUAAGUAAUAUGGUGUCUUUGGAUUUAUCGGACAAUCUACUUUUCGACUGUACUAGUACCUUAACUUGGUGUUUGGACUUGCCUUUUCUUAGGACUCAAUCAACUCGUGUUGGCUGGGAAACUUGUUCUUUGACGUUCUGCCAUAAUGUAUGGAACGGUUGGAUAGCAGCAAGACCAAAUUCAACGAGUUUUAAGUCCUAUGGCUAAGUCAAACUGCCAACUAAACUGUGGUUUUCUGAAUGGAAGCUAUCUCACGGAUAACUAUCAUCUUCAGAUAUCCCGCCUCCUCGAAACAGGAGCAGGAGUUAGAAAAGGGUUACCACAAAAACAUCACACCUCACUAUAACUGAUAGUUUUCAUAGGGUUGAUAUGAAGUAUGAACUUAAGUGCUGAUACACAGAAAACUACUCACAAAUAAGCAGUUUUUAACUGACAUCAAGCAUCUGUCUCUUGAGCUCUGGGGUCGCUUUUCUAGCUUGACAAGAACGAUACAAACCAGAUAGUAUAAAGAACCGUUCAUAGUAUAAGCAGUUAGGAAGCGACAACCGCCUACACACCUCUAAUAGCGCAAUAGCUCAAUCUGUUCAUAGUCUGAUCGUGUCCUGACUUCUUAACACUUCUUUAAUUUACACUAUCAAUCUUCUUCCUCGUGACUCAUCGUUUUUAUACACGUUCCACCAGUGCCGAAAUCGCAUUCGAAGCUACGUGUUGGACUUCUCAGUUCUCAAACUCUUCCACAAAUCGGACAAUAGGCUUCAUUAGCUAAGACUAUAGAAUCUCAUACCAUUGAUUUAUAUCUAAAUAGGACAGUAAAAUCUCGGAAGGUUAGGAAAGUGCGUCUCCUUGUAGUCCUUACUUACGCUUCCAGUGACUGUAACUUGAAUGAAGUGGAAGAUGAGUUAUACAGAAUGCUUUCUACUCUUUAAGAUAAUAAGGGUUCAGGUAUAGUUAAUUGUAGUGGGUGAUUUUAACCGUCAAGUAGGUAUCCUUCGAUAUUCUAGCCCGGUAAACUUUAAUUGUUUGCUGCAAUUAUAUUCAGACGACUUUAUUUCUACCAAGCACCAACUCUAAUCAUUCAGAGGUACAGUUCGACCGUGGUCAUAUUAUGACAUAAUUAGAGUCCGAACUUAAUGACCAUUGACCUCAACUCGACGAUGUAUACAUGUAGACUUUAUUGCUAGCUGUCGCUAUUAAAAGGGUGUCAAUAGAAGACUACUGCUUCUUUUGAGGUGCCCAAAUCAUUCGUCUUUUGUUUUAUUAGUUGUAUUUUAAGCUGUUAUAUAUUGCAUGUUAAUUAACUGAUGCCAUUUCAUUUUUGUUUAAUAAGGAUCUUGCUUUAGCUCGUGAGCAAAUCGAAAGCUUGUCUAAAAAGCAGUCCACUAAUGAGUCACGUAUCAGUGCAUUAACGUCAAAGUUAUCUCAAGUUCAAGAGUCACUUAAAAGUGAGCAAAAGAAAUCUUCAUCGUUGAAUGAAAAUUUGAAUCGUGUUAACAAGUCUUUAGAAAAUGCACUAAAACAAGCAAAGGAGGCUGAACGUCUUCGUGAACGUGAAGCUGAACGCCUCUGUUCUGAAGUUGCACUCCAGGAAGCUCAGACUAGUUUAAAACAACUUAGAAUUGAAAACGACACUCUUAAGCAACAAUUGAAAGCAUUGGAAAAUGUAAAAAGUGAUCUUGAAAAAUCUCAAUCUCAUAUAGAUGAACUUACCAGUAAGUUAUCAUCCGCAAAUGAUUUGACAUUAGAGUUACAAUCAUGUAAACGUCGCGUUGACCAACUAUCAGAUUUUACACGUCGUCUAACUGAACGCCACGCAAAUCUACAAGCUGAGCAUCUAGUUACACUCAGUUCACUAGAAGAAACUAAAAAUUUAUUAAUUGAGAAGGGUGAAGAAAUCGUACAACUCAACGAGAAGCAUGAAAGUGAACGUAAAGAUUCAGAAGGGAAAAUGAAUACACUUCAGUGUGAACUCAAUGACUUAUCUGUAAAGGUAUUUGUUUGUAUCUUAUGUUAUGUGAGUUUAGUUGUCUUUAAAUCAAUCACAAUACAAAUGUAAAACAGCUCACAAAUGUAUGACGCAGGUGACGGUUCGCACUAAUUACGUCGCUUCUACUUGAACUAUUUGGUUUUCAUGUCUCGGUGGAGUAGUCUUAUUGACUGUCUGGCCACUUCAGCGUAAGCUAUAGAACAUUUAGGAAGCGUGUGUCAAAUAAUUAAUUUUUUUGUUAGAUAGAGAGUAUUAACAGAUACAAAUGUAAUGAUGAUAGAGUCAAUUCUACCAUACUCUCAUAUCCUUAGGAAAAUUUGCAGAAGUAUUUGACAAUUUAGAUCACCUCAUAUUAUAAAGAAAUACAGAAACAUUUCAAUUCUCGACGUACAAUCAUUCUUUCGUCUGAGUUACAUUUAGGAUAAAGAUGGAUUGAAAUAAGGUGUUAUAUAAACACUUAUUCUAAAUAACUCCAAUCAGUGUUAACCAAUUUGUUUGAAGUUGAUUUUCAUCACAAAUUCAUAUUAAUUAAAGGAUCAAUGGCUGAAUCGCAUCAUGUCCGUAAUAAAAAUUUAACAUGCUGGUUUUCAUAAUGUGUGAUUUUGUAUGUGUGCUUCACUGAAUUUCGAACUAGGGCAAUUAUCUACAAAAUCCUGUCUCGUUACUAUCACUUUUCGCUUGAUAUUAGAAGCUAGAAAUUAUCGUCAAACUACUUAAGCGAUUUCAGUAGUAUAUUUUAUUUAUGGUCACAAAGUGGCUUUUUUUCGAAUGACCAAAAAAUAUAUAUGGGAUAUAUUCUCUUCUCCCUAUGAUUAGUUAAAUAGAAAUAAUGAUGAUAAAUGGCGUUGAAUAACAUCACCUUGUAUUUCUAAUUCGGAUGACAGUUUGCUAUAGGCCCUGAUUAUAUUUAAAGUUUGAAUAGUAAAGAGGCUUCACUAAGUUUAUAUUACUUCUGUUCAUUACACCUGUUCAUGACAAACACUGCCGCAUAAGCUGUUUAUCAUUAGAUUUGAAUGCUGCCUUUAGGUUUCACAAAGUUAUCGUUGAAACGAUUUUGCUCAUUAGCAUUCGAUCGAUUGUAUUCUUUCACCAGUAAAGGGUGAUGGAAAACUGCGUUUCAUUGAAAUCAUGAACUGAUCAGUGUUAGACCACCACUGAAAAAUCAGAGGCACUGGACGGGCGUUUCAUCCUAAUAUGGGGCUCCUCAGAAGUGCUCAUCAAGCACAGGACCUUUGGUUUCGCGCGUGAACUCUUGACUUCUAGACCACUGAGCCGGCACCUGACGGUGUUAAUGUCUAACGUCAACCUAUUCGCAAUAUUACGCGACCGUCUUCUCGGAGUUCUAGUGAGAAACCGUGACCAUUGGAUUUCAACCGUCUCGGGUGUGAUUCAGUUAUCCACCAAAGACAAUAGAGAACAGUUGCGCAAUACCAUGGACUGGUUAAAGUUAGAUAUCAGCACCGUUGGUUACCGACUCAGUGGUCUGGAAGUCAAGUGUUCACGCGAGAAGGCCCUGUGUUCAGUUCUCACGCGCUGGAUCGUGGAUGAGCCCUACUGAGGAGACCCAUACUGGGACGAGACGCCCGUCUACUGCCUCUGGGUUUUCAGUGGUGGUCUAACAUUGAUUAGUUCGUGAUUUCAACGAUACGGUCUUUCAAUAUAGAAUUCAGUUAUCAAUCCUUUUCAUUAUUAUUUCAAGCUUGUUAGCAUACAACAUCAAUAACUUAGUUUGUCUAUAGUGCUUUUCAUAUUUUUUUAUAUGUAUGCUUGUAAAUAUACCACCUAUAGUUGAACCAACUUAAUGAAUCAGAGAAUUGGCUUAAAAUUCAGUUAAAGGAAGAAAAAGAACGUGCUACAGCCAUUCGUAAACGUGAUGCUGCACGAAUUAAAGAUAUAUCUCGUGAAGUAACACGUUUAUCACAUUAUCAAAAUAAAACAAAUCAAUCAGACUGUUGUCAUCCAACAAUUAAUCCUCCGUCCGAUUUAGAAAAUGAAUCGAAUUCAAAAUCGUCUACGAAUUCUUUAGAUGGUUCACUGAAAUCUUUGGACUUAACUCAAAUUAUUUCUGAGCGAGAAAAUGAAAAACUUGUUAGUCCUGUGUCAACACUACCAAUGAAGAUUGCAAUAACUAACCAAUCAGAUGAUUGUUUAUCAUCGUCAGUUAACAAUAAUAAUAAAAUUGAUAAUUGUGAAUCAACAGUUGUUGAAAUAUCAUCUAACUUCAAUUGUUCAGAACGUGAUGUACUUCUAGAGAAAAUUGAUCGUCUUCAACGUAGUCAAGUAAAAUUAACAGACAAAAUUGAAUUUUUUCAAGAACAUUGUUAUCAACUUACAGAAGAAUUAAAUAAAAAAAGUAGAGUUAUUCAGGAUCUCCUUGUUUCAAUCGAUAAACAUUGUGGAUCAACAAAUUCAUUUAUUGAUGAUAAUAAUCAUAGUAACAGAAAAAUGUUAAAUCUUAAUCACAAAUAUAAUUCAAUUAUAUCUUCAUUAUCUAGUGGCAGUGUCAAGACAAAAACUGCCGAUACAGGAUCAUGUCUUGGUGAUAAUACUCAAAAACUUCAAAAUUUACUAGAAGAUACAAUAUUCAAGAAUAUCACAUUGAAAGAAAAUUUAAAUAAAUUGGGCCUAGAAAUAUCCAGUUUACGUUUAACUCAUGGACGUAUACUAAACUCCGUUUGUGAUUUAUGUAAAAUAAGCAUUGAAGAUAUACUUAAAACAUCGGGAAAAUCUAUUCAUCAAUCACAACACUCAAACAAUCAUUCAGCAGCUCAAUCAAAAUCAGAGCCACCAAUAUUUCAAAAUGGUGGUGUCAAUGCAUAAAACAGAAAUUCAUCUCCCUAUUGUGGUUACUACUGUUAAAUAUAUUUUUUCUGAUUACUACUUUAACCUUACAAAAAUAACCAUAUUAUUGAAUCAAGAUAUUAAUUGUCCAUAAUUAACUUUCCAGAGUAUAAGAUAAAAAAGAAGGCCGAAUCUAUGUGUUGAAUCAUAUUUUGAUGCACAUUGAUGAACAUAAUAGUCUCAAGAUAUUUUACCAUCCGUUUGACUCUCUCUCUCUCUCUCUCUCUCUCUAUAUAUAUAUAUAUAUAUAUAUAUAUAUAUAUAUAUAUAUAUAUAUAUAUAUAUAUAAUGUGAAAUAUGAAGGAUGCUGCACAGUGCACUUUCAUUUGUUUCUCUUCAUUUUCUUUUUUUUUUUCGUUUCACCUGAAAUACUUCUUAUCGAUUAUAACACAAUGUAUUCUGACAGCUUUGUAUUGUUCUCAUUCAUUAUUAUACACUGUAAUAAUAAUCUUUAUAAUUUCUCUAGUAUCUGUGAUGUCUUUAUAAACGUAAACUAAUAUCAACAAUCAACCAUUGAAUGUUUUUCUUUUGAGAUUACUUUUUACAAAUUAUGUUUGGUUUGUUUAGUUUUAAGAAAAAAAGAAAGAAAGAAUUAUUUUCGUUGUUUACUUGUUAUCCUAUUUUAUUGUUUCUGUAAAUAAUGAUAUCUCUUGAAUCGAAUUCUUGUCAGUAGUGUAUCAUACAUAUUUUAACUAAGUAAUGCAUACAUGAUGAGUACAGUUUUCUUUUUAAAAAGUCUCUCCUACAAUCGAUCAAUUUCAUAAUUUUUUUGUCUUUGUAAUUCCUUAUACUUAAUGGUUUUUACCGCUUUUAAAAUGUCUACAAAUGUAAUCAGUUUUAUAAAUACUGUACAAUAUGUUCAAUAAAUUUUAAUAUUACCAGAGUAUAUUAUUUUCAUUAGUUAAAUCUGAAAAGGGGAAAUUAUCAUUUUCUUUCAUAUAGUUUAUUACAUAGCUCGUAUAAGAUUUCAAUCAUUCGAAACAGUUAGUCAUAUCCAUAUAUAAAGUUAAUAAAAUACUGGGAUUUGUUCUGUCUUCUAGUCUUCUUUUUUUUUAAUGACAACAAUGAAAAUAAAAUAUUUGCGAUCGAGUUUUUCAAAUCUGAAGUUCUUGUUAGUUGUUUUUUUUUAACAUUUACUACAUUUUGUACUGUUGCUUUCAAUUUUUUUGUUACCUUGAGCAUGACUAUCAAAAAUAGUGAAAAUUCCAGCAGCAGCACCUAUGCGAGUCGUAUUGAUUAUUUUUAUAUCUAUUUGUAUUUUUUUUUCAAAACAGACUUCUAAUCCCAUCAGUCAUUUCCAACACUUUAGGUUCACUUCGAAAGACUAGUAAAAUUGUUCCUUCAAUUUUAUAUUGGAUUACAUCUUUUUAUGGAUAAGGUGAUAAGUCUUAAUAAACUG